CGCCGAGGCUCUCUGAGCGCUUGGAGCUGGCACAACAGUUGCGCACAGUUCUUCUUGGCCACAUCAUAGCUGUCUCACAUGGCAUCUGUUGCUCGCUGAGUCGCUCCGGCUCAGACUUUUUAACUUCUUGAUCUCAAAUCUGAGCACCCGGACCGAGUGGAGGACGCGGAUUCGGAGCCGCUUGAGGGGACAGAGAGCAAGUUUUAACGCCCAAGUUUGGAGAGCAGACUCCAGCUGCAAGAGCGCCUUUUUUUUUCUUCUUCCUCUUUUUGAAGAGGGGGGAUCUAAAGAUGAAUGACACGGACAUAAACUGCAAAGACAACACAUCAUCCAACUUCAGCAAUCAGUCAUGUCUAACUGCAACCGCCGCGCCUUACAGCCCCAUCGACAUCACCACCUUCAUGCACAUUUUCCCCUCCAUCUACGGGAUCCUGUGCUGCGUCGGAGUCAUCGCCAACGCGCUGGUCAUCUACGCGGUGGCCGCGUGCAAGAAGAAGAUGGUGUCGGACAUCUACGUGCUGAACCUGGCCAUAGCUGACAUGCUCUUCCUGCUGGUGAUGCCCUUCAACAUCCACCAGCUGGUCAGGGACAGGCAGUGGGUCUUCGGAAACUUUAUGUGCAAGGCGGUGGUGGUGGUGGAUGUCAGCAACCAGUUCACCACCGUGGGGAUAGUUACUGUGCUGUGCAUCGACCGGUACAUCGCCAUUGUGCAUCCCAGCUCAGAGAGGAGGACCGUGCAGUGGACCAUCAUAAUCAACAUACUGGUGUGGCUGGGCAGCUUCCUCCUUACCGUGCCCGUCAUGAUCUACGCCAAGGUGGACCGCAGGCAGCACCUGGAGGUGUGCAUGAUGUACCUGGACGGGCCCGAGGACAUGUACUGGUACACUCUGUACCAGUCCAUCCUGGGCUUCAUCAUUCCGCUCAUCAUCAUCAGCACCUUCUACUCGCUCACCCUCUAUCACGUGUUCAGCUCCAUCCGCCGGGUCAAGCGCAAGCAGUCGGUGUGGGCCAAGAGGGCCACCAAGAUGGUGCUGAUGGUCAUCGCCUUGUUCCUGAUCUGCUGGUCGCCCUACCACGUCAUCCAGGUGAUCAACCUGAGCAACAACCGGCCCACCAUCGCCUUCGUCUACGCGUACAACAUCAGCAUUUGCCUCAGCUACUCGCACAGCUGCAUCAACCCGCUCAUGCUGCUGAUCUUCGCCCAGAAUUACCGCGAGCGCCUGUGCCGUCGGAGCGCGCUGCACAGCUCGCAGCACUCAUCCAAGGUCACCCAGGUCAAAACCGACGGCUCCAGCACGGCAAACGACCCCAACUACCGCAUCACCGUCAUUUAGUCUGGGCUAUAAGGGCUUGUAAAAUACAGCGUCAAAAACAGAUGGUGUACAGGUUAUGUCAGUACGGUAAAUUAAUGUGUUAUUACACAGAAACGUAGCCUGAAGCAGCAGCAGCAUUGAAUUCAGCCUCAGUAAAAUAAACUCUAAAUAAAAGACGAAUCCUCAGAGGGCCCAGGCCACACGCAGCUGGUCAGCUCAUGAUGGGCUGAAUUCCUCCGCACAGCUUCACUGGUCAUUUCACCAGUAGCUAUUGUGGCGUCUUCUGUCUGAGCAGACGUGAUCUGCUGUAAGUAAUCCAAUCAAGAAAGCACUAGAAGGGCUUAUGAUUUGUAACCAGCAGCCUCAAUAAGCCAGAGUUUACUGAUACAAAGCAGAUAUGAGCUUUUGAAAUAGAGCAGCUGGGAAAGUUUCCAAGCCGCCGGUCACGGUUUUAGAGCUUUAAAGCUUAAAAAGAACAGUUUUUAUUGAAGUAAUUUAUGAAUUUGGUUUAUUAUACAAUAAAGGUGAUAAGAGGCAGUUCUAAGCUGUGUUUGGAUCCCUUAAAUGUGUUUUGAUCUCC